AUGGCCACGGGACAUGGCGCACAGAGGGCUAUCCACCCCUUCUUUCGCAAAGAUCUCGGGGUAGCACCCGACCCAGUUAUCCAUACCCCCAUCAAUGAUGCUGCAGCGCAACCCCAACUCUCUCACAGCGACAGUGCCCGGCAUUUAUUAGAACCCAACACCCCUCCCAAUCCCUCCGAAUCUGGCGAUACAUCCCGCGUCCACUCGUUAGCUAUGCUCGACCAUGACCCGAAUUGCGAACGGAGAAAACGAAGGAAGACAGACAAACAGGACCCGGCAGAGACGGCACAGGUUGUGGUCAAUCCGUCCUCAACCAAGCCUGGGUCUGGGGAGUCACAGCCUAAGACACCGACCAGUCCAGGAAUUGAAAGUCUUCCACAGAGCAAUCCUCAGGUUAUAAUUGCGUCAGGGGAAAGAAAGUCGCCUAGGCAGAAGACAAUCAAGCUGAAUGCUAAUGGGAAAUUGUUGUCGUCGCCGGUACCUGCUAAGGUUGAGGACAAUCCAAAGAGAGGAAGGAAGAACAAGCGCGGCAAAGCGGCUGAGCAAAGGCCUCAACUUCUUGGGACCAAUUCCGAGAAUAGGGUCGCCCAGCUCAUAGACGACAUUAUCAGUGGUCGAAAGAAACACAUCGCAGCCACAAAGCCCAUACUCCCUCCCCCGGCUUCUAUACCUAAACCGGAGCAGCCUCCUAAACCAACCCACCCGUUCUUCCUGAAGAAAUCAUCUCAAAAGGCGAAUCACUCCAAUACCCAGACGGACGCUCAUGACGCAACCCCUGCGAACUCCCAAGGAAAAGACACCAAACAAGUUGACUCGACGCCGAGAUUAUCAACACCGACAUCAUUCGCUAAGCGGCCAAGAUAUCCCGAACUCGCGCACCCAAUCUGGCCACCUCGUGGCCUCGCACACGUCAGGGGAACACAAGACGAUCUCGAUUUCUACAGCCUAGUUAAUGGUGACAUGAGAGAUCUAGGUCAGAAGAAGUCCAAAACCGCUGCGAUCAAUGUCUCCGACGACGAAAAUAUCCUCUUACGUCGGCUACCCAAGAACCCCUCCUCUGCGUCAGGAGUACUGAGAAUACCUGGAAGACACGUUGCUAGUGGGAAGAUCUUGCAAUGCGCCGUCACCAGACAACUCUCCGAACAAGCUUCAUCUGCACGAACGAAGAAGACCACUCUGAAUAAAACUUGUCACGCUGCCGUCGCCAAACUCCACGCUUCGCUCACCAACUCCAUGUCCGCUUUUGACCUUGGUUUUUGCGACACCUCUAGCUGGACUCAAAAAUACGCUCCCCAGUCUGCAGAGGAGGCUCUUCAGGCCACGAAGGAAGUCUUUAUGCUACGCGAUUGGCUGCAGUAUCUCAAGGUCACCGCCGUCGACACAGGCAAACCACAAAAGGACGAUGCGGCGAAAAAGAAGACGGAUGAGAGGAAGCGCAAGAAGCGCAAGAAGGACAAGCUGGACGGGUUCAUUGUGUCCAGUGAAGAGGAAGCCUUCGAGAUGGACGAAAUUUCCGGCUCAGAUGAUGAACUCGCUGCGGACAUGGCCACCAAGAAGACCGUCGUUCGUGCUGGUGACAUGGCGCUGGGUCCAAAAUCUGGGACCGAGAAGACCCGCAUGUCUAAUGUCAUCUUGAUAAGCGGUCCUUCGGGGUGUGGCAAGACGGCAUCGAUUCAAGCGGUGGCCAAGGAGCUGGACUUUGAGGUGUUCGAAAUCAACCCGGGAAAUCGUCGGAGCGCCAAGGAUAUCCUGGACCGUGUAGGUGACAUGACACGCAACCAUCUGGUCCAUCACCAUCACACCGAUGAGAGUGCGUCUGACGGAAGUGGUGCCGAGCUAGUGGACCCGAAACAGAAUAAACUGAAGGGGUUCUUCCAGUCAACCUCAACCGUCACGCCAAAAGCUAAGGCGGCAGCCGAACCAAAAUCUUCAACACAGGAGUCAGAGGCAAAGCGUUCUCGCAGUCAAAAGCAAUCGUUCAUACUCCUGGAGGAGGCUGACAUCCUUUUCGAAGAGGACAAGGGAUUCUGGUCCGGGGUGAUGACGCUCAUCAGCCAAUCGAAACGGCCAAUCAUCAUCACCUGCAACAACGAGAAACUUCUUCCACUCCAAGACAUCUCAUUUCAUGCCAUCCUUCGCUACCGACCUCCUCCAAAAGUUCUUGCUGUUGACUAUCUCCUUCUCGUGGCUGCCAACGAAGGCCAUAUGCUUAAACGAGGAGCGGUCGAGAGCCUUUACGAUAGCACGGGUCGAGAUCUUCGGCGAUCUAUCAUGGAGUUGGAUUUCUGGUGCCAGAUGGCGAUCGGCAGCGAGAAGUCUGGCCUUGACUGGAUCCUUGAUCGCUGGCCGCGGGGAUUGGACCUUGAUCCGAACGGUGACCCUCUUCGGGUGCUGAGUCUUAAUGCAUACGAGCCAUUCAUGGGUUGGUUUGGGCGCGACAUGCUGCAAAGUCACGGACCAGACAGUGAGAUUGAACCUCGACUAGAGUCACUUGCAUGGUGGCAGCUUAGCAUGCAGGAAACGCAGACCAUGAACACUGUCAGGCAGUCUGAUCCGUAUCAUUCGGGCACAAAGCAGGUGAAUGCAAUGUCCAACGCUGAUCGUCUCGAGACGUUCUUGCAAAAGUCCAAUUUCGCCGAUGUACAAAGUGACCUUGAUCUUCUCUGCUCCCGCUGCUCACUUGACAUGAAGCUAGACACUUUGGAUCCCUCAAUCCCCCCAUUACCGGAAAAGCAAAGGACAAACUACGCCGAAGGUUAUCAAUUGCUCUCCGCCGAGAUCACGCCGGAUUACACAGCAAUGCCGGCGGCCAUGGGCUGCACCUUCGAGACUUUACUAGAGAAGGCUUUCCCGCACGAAUAUCAAAAGGAUAAGCAGUCUCCUGACUUGAAAGCCUCAGAUAGUAAGGCUUCAGAUUCCGAAUCAGAGUAUGGCGCAAGGAUCCUGAAAGAAGUGAAUAAACCCGCCAGUGCUGGUCCCGGCCGUGCUGAAUUUCAUGCGGCCUUCGAGCCUAUGACGCGGGCGGAUUAUAUCUUUCCCAUGCCUACUGGCCGUUUGGCACCUUCAUUUGAGAACGGAAUGCGGCCCAUUGCUGAGGAUCUCGGACCGUAUAUCCGAGGAAUCAUGGCCUAUGACAUCCGCCUGGCACACCGUCGGCUACAGUUGGGUGAGAUUCUUUCCAGUGAUGGGAAGGGGGCCAAGCGCACACGACAGACCCGAGCCAGUCGCGCAGCGCUUGAAGGGGGUGACAAAGCAUAUACUCGCAAGGAGAGAUGGUUUCCAUCGGACGCCAACCCGUCGCUGGUGUUCGCGACGGGCAAGCAGGAAUGGCAGGAAAUCCUGGCGCGGAAGGGCUACUUUGUUGUAUCGCGUCCUGGGGAAGGUCAGGAUUCGGCGCUGGGUAAUUUCGCGCAGAGAUCCAAGUCAUCCCUUUUCGCAGACGAACCCUCCUUCGGUGGGAACACAGGAAAUGCGGGUUCCUCCUCCCUCUUCGCCGACGACGAGGGCCUGAACUCCGGUUCGCUCUGGGGAAACAGUGUCAACAAACGGACGAAACAUCAAAUUGUAAAGACUCUCCUGCCGCAAGAUGAAGUCCCAGAAAGCUAUAUCGACGCGUACGAUCUGGUGCUCAGUGAGGGGGAUCGCGUGGGCAGUGGGGUGGGCCUGACUUCCGUCCGCGAGAUCCUGUCGAGCAGCGGACUCAGUGCCAGUGAUCAGGAGAAAAUCCUGAAUUUGGUGGUCUCGGGCGAUAUAGACAGCUCCACUGGCCUAGGACGUGGCGAGUUCAGCGUGCUUCUGGCCCUCGUGGGCCUAGCGCAGGAAGGGGAGGACCUGACAUUCGACACGGUUGACGAUCGACGCAAGAGUGAGUUGUCGCGCACCCCUCAUGCCAUCCUUUCGACCCGACUCUCGUCGCAACAAGACCGUCCCACUACGCCUCCUGCCCCCGCCACCCCGCCGCCAGAGCCAAGCUCAACUCAUUCACGACAGUCUGCCCGUGGGUCCAUGGGCAGUUUUGAAGCCGAUCCAUGGGGAAGCCCUCAGCUGCAUCGAGGACACGCCCAUGCCCAAUCCGAAUCCGAGCACCCCGUUCUGAAUGGUUAUGGCAGCGUACGAUCCGGGACAAAUGCAUGGGCGAGCAGAGCCAGUGAUACCAGCGGCCCGCAGGAUGCGCCAGAGAAUCCCCAUCCCAAUGGAGGGGCGGGCUUGGGUCCUUCUGCUAACCCUGGCUUUGGAUGGGGAGACAACGUGGGAAAUACCUCGGAUGGACAUGGAUUGGGAGGGCCGGUCCGAGCUGGACUUGGAGGCUUUGGCCCACCCGGGAGCGACCAAGGCGAUCCCAAUCCCCGUCGCCGGUCCUUAGGCAUCGGUAGAGUUACAAAUACCCGUAUGGAGGAGGUGAUCACGAUCACCCUGCUUCCGGAAAAGGAAGGCAUGUUCAUGUUUCAGCAUCGCAAUUAUGAAGUCAAGUCUGCCCGCAGAGGGAGCACCGUGGUUCGACGGUACAGUGACUUCGUGUGGCUCCUAGACUGCCUCCACAAACGCUAUCCGUUCCGCCAAUUGCCACUGCUGCCCCCGAAGAGGAUUUCAGUCAAUGGCACUCACCUUUCAGCGGACUCCAAUUCCUUCCUGGAAAAACGUCGUAGGGGACUUGUACGAUUUACGAAUGCGCUCGUUCGGCACCCGGUCUUGAGCCAAGAGCAAUUGGUGGUAAUGUUUUUGACGGUUCCGACAGAACUUUCAGUGUGGCGGAAACAGGCGACCAUUUCAGUGCAGGAUGAAUUUGCGGGCCGAGCCCUACCCCCCGAUCUUGAAGACUCGCUCCCCUCCAACUUAAUCGACCUCUUCGAUACGGUCCGCAGUGGGGUCAAACGGUCGGCGGAGGUGUACAUCAACCUGUGCACGCUGUUGGAGCGGUUAGCGAAGCGCAACGAGGGGCUUGCUGCCGAUCACCUGCGGUUCUCUCUGGCGCUGCAGUCGCUGACCGAGGUGACACGCGACACCUACGCAGUGGAUACGAACGAUGUGCCGUUGCUCAACGAGGGAAUCAAGGCCACAGCACGGCAUCUGUCGGCGAGCCAGAGUCUGCUGGAGGAUGAGGCUCGGGCCUGGGAGGAUGGGAUGUUGGAGGACCUCAAGCGCCAACGCGACUGUCUAGUCAGUGUGCGAGAGAUGUUUGAUCGGCGGGACCGAUAUGCUCGUAACAACAUCCCCCAAUUGGAGCGUCGCAUUGAGAACAACGAGCGCAAGCUGCAGGAGCUGCGGGCCCGGCCUCAGAACACGGUCAAACCGGGCGAAAUCGAAAAGGUGGAAGAAGCUAUCUUCAAGGACAAGGAAUCGAUUGUGCAACAACACGCACGUGGGGUGUUUAUCAAAGAGUGCAUUCGGGACGAACUCGUGUUUUUCCAGCAAAGUCAGUAUCACAUCAGCCGGCUGCAUCAAGACUGGAGUCAGGAGCGGGUCAAGUACUCGGAGCUGCAGGCGGACAACUGGCGGUCACUCAGCGAUCAAGUGGAGGGCAUGCCUUUAGGGGACUGA